AUGGCAUCACCGACCUCACACCACCUCGCUCCAACCAAAGCUCCAGUAAUUAUAAAGCUGUCCAAGAUCACUUCACGUCGUCUUCCACUUUUUAUUUACUCUCCCCUCGGCCCGGAUAUGAAUCGGCAUUUGGAAUUAGUGGCAGUAUUUCCAGUCAUGUCAAACAACAAGGUGCAAAAUAGCUUCGGAAACCCUCUUCGCGGAAUAACGAGUCAAGAAUACAAAGGAGAAACUCCCUGGCUGAUGAAAUCUACAGAAGAUAUAUUUUUUCUGGAGUCUUGUGAUGGUAUUUCAAUCCCUCGAACGGAUCUAAGGAGUGCUCAGGAAAAGGACACGAUGAUGGUUUCUCGAUACCUCGGAAUUCAUUGUUUCAAUGACGCCGAGCUCAUCCGGAAGCCAAAAGGACAAUUGGUAGAAGAAUCUCGCGUUUCCUCGGAACUUCAAUGGACAAACCAGUUUUCAGUUAAGUGUGUGACCUAUGGGGACUCCCUAGAGUCGUUUGGCUCGUUGGAAGAGUCGGAUUUCGGUGAAUCUAAUACAGAUACUCCGCCAUCUGACUCGGACGACGACGAAGAUGAUUCGGAUGAUGACACCCUCUUCGGAUUCAAGCUCGCCCCAGCUUCGCUGAAGGUGCCUUGA